AUGGGUGAGCUCAAUCCAUCCCGAACCUCUGGUGCCAUGUUGAUCGCAUCUCUGGUCGGAGCAAAUUUGAACCCUGUGAAGAGCUCAUGCUACGAAGCCACCCGUAAGGCGAGGAGCGUAGAGACCCAACGUAACUCUCAGUACCUCCGUCUGGUGUCAGUGUACUCAAAGCAAUUGGUAGUCCCAGAAACCUGUGACGAAUUCAAUCUAUACGGUGGAGAACGAGAUCAGUUUGGGUGUGCCUAUUCAGCUCUUGGUACGUCAGGCGCAGUGGCUAAUUUAAAUACUGAUGGAGCACAACGUACGUACUCGUUCCCAGCACCGUGGCGAAUGAUUCAGUGUAGCUUGUCUGGUGAGUGCAGCUCCUUGCUAUUCACACAGAUGUGGCUGUCUGAGUGGACAGUCGAAAAGGCAGCAACUGGUGAGGUGCUGCGUCAAAACUUUGUGAACCACAAGGUGAACGAAGUGACAGUGGACAGCACGUACAGUAUUCGACUAGUGAUCAGUCUGCAGAUCUUGGCACUCGUGGUGACUGCGUUCUUGACAAGUAUGCGUGGAUGGUACAAUAUGAAAUGUGCCUUCGUAUCUCCAUGGUCACGAGUCAUGAAUGCCACGACGAGUUGUACCAUUGCAAAGGUAGUUCGCAGUAGCUAUAACUUCAUUCUGGUCGCUCAAAUGGUCUUGGGAAUGAUCCAAUGGCGUAAACAACUGACGAUCGAUUUGUUGGUCGGAGCUGAUACGAACGAAGCUGUACUCCGCGCCUUCGGAUGUGGAACGCUGGUAGUAGUACUCGCGAUUAAUAUUGUUUUUGCUCGUGCUGGUGAUCUAAAGAUGCAAGAGAUGGAACCGAGUUUCGCGCACGUAGUGGGAUUCCUCUCGUCGAUUGUCCUCUUUGCGAUCAGCCGAUCAAGCUCUGUAUCUGCUUCUACUCGAAAGUUACUAGCGACGGGUAUGACCUCGGUAUCAGCAAGUGACGUUACUAAGUAUUCAGGUUGUCGUGGCUCUGCUGUUUGCGCCAAGGAAGUAUCACUGGGCAUUUACACCGUUGUACUUGUUAUCGUCAUAGCCGGAGCGACUUUUAUUGGAUUGACUGCUCACGCUAUGUUACAAACCUUAGUUCGCAAAUCUCCAAAGAUUGGAGUAGGUACUAAGAAGUCCUACAAUAUCGGAACUCCAAACUCCGACGCAGUGCCACCCGAAGUUAACUCCUUCACGCGUUUUUUGGAUGAUCGGUCACGGAGUACGUCUCUCUAUGAUAACAGCACGGAAGUGUAUGUGCAACUGUCGCCAGGUGAUGCACUGCUCUCCACGCGAGCUCAACUGGAGGCGAGUGGAUUUGUUCUGGCGACUUCGAUUCUCUUCCGGUAUCGAGACCUUCCUCUAUUUCUUGUUGCUCGUAUUUUACCGAUUCAAUUUCUCAACUUUUUCAACAUGACGGUGACAACGUAUGAGCUGAUCCACACGAGCAGGAUGCUGAAUGAAGUUCCAGUAGUGCUCGUUGCAGAUCAGGUUAUACACACACACUGGUCCAAGUUGAAAGAGGGACGAUUGGAUUGGAUGAACGAAUAUUUUGGUGGCAAUGGGGAAACUUCGUAUCGAUCUUCAAGAGAGUCCAACAGACGGCAAUCUGCUCAAAAGGGAGUGGACACGUAG